AUGGUGGAGCUACUCGCAACUAUUUUGUCAUAUUCGACGCCACGACGUGGCGGUCAGGCGUUGGUUAGAGCUGAAAUUCGGAGUCGGGACCUCAUCACUUAUUGCUCAAAUUCAAAGUUAGAUAUUGCAAUUCCUUAUGAUGUCAACACUAUUGAAAGCAUUAGUUCUUACUCCUCUUGUUAUGUUGAUGACAGCUGCAAGGGCAAUAGAGGUACUGAACUUCACACCUUUGAAUGGGAAGGCGAUCAGAAUAAUUCUUCUUUACCUACUGACUUGUAUGAACAAUCUAAACAAAAACAGAUUCUUGAUAAGGCAAUCGACCAAAAGGCCUUAUACAGCACAUUCUCUACAUUUGGCAAUAUUCUCUCCUGCAGGAUUGCGACAGAUUCAAGUGGCCAAUCAAAGGGGUAUGGUUUUGUUCAAUACGACGCUGAAGAAUCUGCACAAAAAGCCAUUGAAAAACUGAAGGACAUGCUUUUAAACGACAGACAAGUAUACGUGGGACCCUUUUUGCACAAACAAGAAAGAGACCUGGUUGUCGACAAGACAAAGUUGACUAAUGUCUAUGUCAAAAACCUGUCCGAAUCAACAACAUAUGAUGAUCUAAACAAGACAUUUAGUGAAUUUGGAACUGUGACAAGUGCUGUUGUGACGAGGGAUGCUGAAGGGAACUCCAAAUGCUUUGGAUUUCUUAAUUUUGAGAAUGCUGAGGAUGCUGGUAAAGCAGUGGAAGGGCUUAAUGGUCAGAAAUUUGAUAACAAAGAAUGGUAUGUUGGAAAAGCACAGAACAAAUACGAAAGGGAACAGGAAUUGAAGCAGAGAUUUGAACAGAGUAUGAAGGAGGCAGUUGAUAAAUCACAAUCCAUACAACUUUAG